AUCAGAAUUCAGAAGUCAGGGAUGAGAAAUCACACAGGGAUUACAUUAUUCAUCCUGAGAGGACUGACAGAUGACGCACAGCUACAGGUUUUGCUUUUUAUAUUUCUGUUUCUCAACUACAUGUUGAGUGUAAUUGGGAACCUGAUCAUCAUCAUCCUCACCUUGGUGGAUGCCCACCUGAAAACUCCCAUGUAUUUUUUUCUCAGAAAUUUCUCUAUCUUAGAAAUCUCACUCACAACUUCUUGUAUCCCCAGGUACCUCUAUAGCAUAUCAACUGGGGACAAUACCAUUUCCCAUGAUGCUUGUUUCACACAAAUAUUUUUUGUCAUCUUUCUUGGGGCAGCAGAGUUCUUCCUUCUGGCCACCAUGUCCUAUGACCGCUAUGUGGCCAUCUGCAAACCUUUGCAUUACACAACUAUCAUGAGCAGCAAGGUCUGUAACCAGCUCCUCCUGAGUUCUUGGCUGGCUGGGCUGAUGAUCAUCCUCCCACCACUUAGCCUGGGCCUCCAAUUGGACUUUUGUGAUUCCAAUGUCAUUGAUCAUUUUGGCUGUGAUGCAUUUCCUAUGUUAGAGAUUUCCUGCACAGACACACAGUUCGUAGAGAAGAUAGCUUUGAUUGAUGCUAUAUUAACACUCAUUAUUACAUUACUCUUAGUGGUUUUGUCUUAUGCCUCCAUUGUCAGAACUAUUUUGAGAUUCCCCUCUGCCCAGCAAAGGCAAAAGGCCUUUUCCACUUGUUCCUCCCAUAUGAUUGUUGUCUCCAUCUCUUAUGGAAGCUGCAUCUUCAUGUAUGUCAAAUCUUCUGGAAAUGAAAAAGUGGAUUUGAAUAAGGCAGUGUCAGUUCUCAUGACCUCUGUUGCCCCAGUGAUGAAUCCCUUUAUUUAUGCCCUGAGGAACAAACAAGUCAUAAAAGCCUUUAAGGACUCAGUCAAAAAGAUUGCAAUUCUCACAAAGCAGUAAAAGACGCCAAAUGAUAAAACUAAAGUGUGGGAUGCCAAAUGUUAAAAGAAAAACUGCUCAG